AUGAAGAUGAUCGGCGGUGAGAAUGUGGUGCUUGUACUGAGUCUGUGUUCACACUUCACAGCCGAACCUACCCACGUCUACACCUCCCGCAUGUACGAACUGAGGUACGCAAUAGAACAGCUUCACAAGAAGUACCCUAAAACCACGGUGAUUAUAAAGACGUGCAACACACGGAACCAUCGUCACUACAGGGAAGUCGUUCAGAUGUCUGACUGGCUGGCGGACAAACUGAACCAGGAAAUGAGUAGCAUUCUGGGAGAUUUGAACGUCGUCAUCUUGGAUGUGUGGGACAUGACCGUGAGCCAGUGGUAUCCCUAUAACAUACAUCCGCACACGCACGUGGUAGACAACGAAUUAAACAUUCUGAUGUCUUACAUAUGCCCAAUGAUGACGAAAAAUGUGUAA